UUACAUAGAAAGUCAGCCCCUUUCCACGUCCAGUUUUUACAGUACUUGGUCAAGAGAUUAAAGAUAAAGAGACCCCAUUAAAGACGAACACUUGCAUUAUUGUAGGUGGAUUGAAUCAACGAGGAAUGUCGUAGAUAAUUUCCCACCCAGAUUGAUUCUGCCAUUUGGAUAAAGAAGGCUGUGUUACAUUACUUCACUUCAGCUUUCGUCCGAACUAAGUCUAUUCUAGUUAUCACGAUGAAGGAAAACACGACCAAGAAUGUCAAUGUCUUCCUUUUGGGACUGGCCUUCCUGUUGCUCUUCACGGCCUUUCAGACCAUGGGCAACAUCCAAUCCGUGAUCUUGGAGGGCGCCAAAUUGAACGAGACCGACACUGGUGAGCCCAAUGAUGCCUUUGUGGAUGGCUUCACUGGCGAUGGCUUCACGUCCUUGGCCAUUCUGUACGCAGUGAGCGCCGUGUGCAAUUGGUUUGCCCCAUCCAUUAUGGUCGUCAUGGGGAUGAAGUUCACUUUGUUCGCCGGAGCUCUCAUGUACACCUUCUUCAUCGCCACAUUCUUCUAUCUGAAUAACUACUUGCUCUACUUUGGAUCUGCCAUCAUUGGACUGGGCGCUGCGCUCAUUUGGACCGCACAAGGUGCUUUCCUAACGGUCAAUUCUGACAGUGUGACCAUGUCGAGGAAUUCUGGGAUCUUUUGGGCCAUGUUGCAGUGCAGCCUCCUCAUUGGCAACACCUUUGCCUUCUUCCAAUUCAAAGGCAAAGACAUCAUUGACGUGGACACCCGCUUGGUAACCGUGGGCGUUUUGCUGGCCGUGGCCAUUCUAGGGACCAUCACUUUUAUCUUGUUACUGCCCACCCCAUGGGUGACCGAGACCCCGGGUGCCGAGGCUGACAGUCCGUUGGUGGCCUUGAAAAAAUCAUUUAGCCUCUUUCUGACCAAGGAGAUGGUCAUUCUUCUGCCCUACUUUUUUUACAUGGGGAUCCAGCUGUCGUUUUGGUCUGGGGUUUACGGCCCGAGUUUGGCGUUUUGCAAGGCAGCUUUCGACGAUCCCAAGUCUCUGGCAGGUCUCCAUGGAAUCUUGGCGGGAGCAGGUGAGAUCUCGUCGGGCCUGAUCUUUGGCAUCUUUGGCAAAGUGACCAACAAAGUUGGCCGCUUCCCCGUGGUCAUCUUGGGCACGGUCCUCCAAUUUACCAGCUUCAUCCUGAUGAUCUUCAACAUCCCCAACGACGCUCCGUUCGGCGAUACGGAUUCCCUGGCCAUCAUGGUUCCUUCCAACAAGGGUGUGGCUCUAUUUUGCAGCUUCAUGCUGGGUUUUGGCGAUGCCUGUUACAAUACUCAGACCAUGUCUCUCCUGGGAGGCGUGUAUCCGGACCGCGCUGGUCCUGCCUUUGCCAUCUUCAAGUUCGUUCAGUGUGUGGCCGCCGCCGUGGGCUUCCUGUACUCGAACCACUUGGAGCUUUAUUACCAAAUUGCCAUCUCACUCGCCUUGGGCUUGAUUGGAACCGCUACCUUCAGCAUGAUCGAUAUUCGAACCCGACGCAAUCAAGCCAAUUACGAGGUCCAACCCGAGCUCAAGCCAGAGUUGGAAGCCAAGAAAAGCAUAGAACUCAAUGUCAACUAGUCCAACUUCAAGUAUCUGUGUACUAUCAUCCCAUAAUUACAACUUGUCCGCCUCUACUGUCAAAUGGAUUUGAGAUUUAUCUGCUGCA